AUGGAUUAUAACGAUCCCAACCACCUUCUCGCGGCGGCAAAGAAGCUUCGAGCCGAGUUUCUACAACAAGUUCGGACAACUUCGGUCUCUGAUGCGCAGGCAGCAACACUCCGAGAUGACCCUGUAAAAGGUCCUCUGUGGGUUGCAAAGUUUACCGUCCCAAAGCCGACUGAGGACACCUCUCGCGAGCUACUCCUUAGCCUCGUGGACGACUUGAACGAUCGGAAUAUUUUCUAUGACCGUCCAGACUCUCAGCCCCUCCAAUUUGAAUGGGUUGGAUAUCGCCAUAAUGUUGAGAAGAACACGCCUGAGCCUUCAAUCUCUGAGAGCGAGAAAUUCCAGCGACUGGUUGCGGAAACAAAACAGCCUACUGUCAUUUUCUAUAUCUACGGGGGAACGUUUGUUUUGAACACCCCGUCCUGCUAUCGUCGGACUACAGGCUUCCUGGCUCAAGAGACGGGUUCGAAGGUCUUGAUGGUCCAUCAGCGGCUGGCACCACAAAGCCCCUUCCCGUCAGCCUUGCUUGAUGUAUUUCAGGCCUAUCUAGCACUCCUUGCUCCUCCCCCGGGUGCCCUUCACAAGGCGGUUUCGCCCUCUUCGAUCGUCAUUGCUGGGGAUAGCUCGGGCACAUGCCUUGCGUUCGGCCUCUUGCAGGUGCUGCUCAGGCUCCAGCGAUCGAAAAAGACGAUCGUUUUUCACGGGCAGACGAUCGAUCCAACCGUCCCCGCUGGUCUGGCACUGGUCAGUCCAAUAGCCGACCAAACGGGCUGUCUCCCUUCUUAUGAGCGGAAUGUCAAGACAGAUAUCCAUCCGGUCCCGAUGGAAAAUCUCCACUAUCUUCAGCCCGACUUUCCCACGUGCGCACUUUGGCCCACUCGGCCUCCCCGCUCAAACCUUUACUGUGACGGCGCUCUGCUAGCUCACCCUCUGGUGAGCCCAGUUGCUUCCGAAGACUGGACGGGCUCAUGCCCCAUCUGGAUGGCUUCUGGCGAAGAGCAAGCCACUGACCCCGCGCGGCUGAUUGCGCAGGUGGCGAACUCCCAGGGAGUCUCAGUCACCUACGAUGAGUACGAGAAAAUGCCACACACCUUUUUCUUCUUCUAUCGUCAGGCGCCGCAGACAGCGAAAAUUAUGGCCGACUGGGCACAGGCAAUUCUCGGAUUCUGUGUCGGCGAACGGCCCACCUCCUGUGUUCGUUAUAUUCGAGCGAAGGGGCUAGUUGCCGAGCCACAGGAUAUGAACCAAUUAGUGCCUUUUACCGUGGCUGAGGUGCGUGAGCUCAUGUGGGAGAAAAAUCGCAAAAUGAAGGUCCCGCCCUUUCACCGUGAUCCUCGGUCAAUGAUUUAG